AUGCAACAACGCGCGUCCUCGUCGAGCGACGCGCGCGACCGAGCGACGUUCACAAACCGACUCGACGCCUCGGCAUCGCAUCGCGCUCUCGCAUUGCCAUCAUCGACCGCCAUAGCAGCAGCGCCCGACGCCAUGCACGCUGGCGCCGUGAGCGGUGCACGCACCAGCACCACCAGUCGGGGCGCGGCUAAUAGAAGCGACAGCGCGGGGACCCUCGUCGACGGAUCCGCCGCCCGGCCGCGAUUCGCGGGCCGGCGCCGGCAGCCGGGGACCACCCGGCCCGGUGGGCACUUGUUUAAAUCGCGGCGGCGGCGCGUGCUGCUGCUGUUCGUUGGCGCGAUCGCCGCUCUCACUGCCUUCAACGUACUGCUGCUCCGCUCGCGCAAUUCCCUCAGAGCAGCGGAUAUCCGAAAUUACAUUAACGAGGAUUUGAGCGACGAGCCAGACGGGGAAGGCGCGGAUAACGAGGAGAGCGGUAGCGAGGACGGGCGGGGCGGCGACUCGUCGUCGUCGUGGUCGUGGCGGUGGUGGAGCGCGCUGAGCGGGACAGGCGGCGGGCAGCGGCGAGCGCGCGAGGUGAAGGCGUACAACAACUCGGACCCCGAGCCGGACGCGCGCAUCAGCGACGCGGACGACCAGUUCAUCGACGCCACGCUGCCCGUCGACGGCGCCCAGCCCGCCCGCACGCGCUCGCGGGACAAGGCGGGCGGGGCGGGCGGGGGUAGCGCGGGGGAAAGCGGGGUGCGCGUGCGGCUGGAGGACGUGCUGCGGUUCAACGUGAUGGGCGCGGGCAGACGCCCCGCCAGCCACCCCAUCCAUUCCCCCCUCUCACCGUCGCACCUCCACCCCUCUUGCUGCCCACAGGUCUCUUUCACCCUCCUCUCCCCUCGUCUCCCCUCCUCUCCCUUCCUCUCCCCUCCUCUCCCCUCGUCUCCCCUCCUCUCCCUUCCUCUCCCCUCCUCUCCCCUCCUCUUCUCCCCUCUCCCCUCCUCUCCCCCUCUCUCCCCCCCUCUACCCUCCUCUCCCCUUUCCUCCCCUCCUCUCCCCUCCUCUCCCCUCCUCUCCUCCCCUCUCCCCUCCUCUCCCCUCCUCUCCCCUCCUCUCCCUCCCUCUCCCCCUCUCUCGCCCCCUCUCCCCUCCUCUCCCCUCCUCUCCCCUCCUCUCCCCUUUCCUCCCCUGCUCUCCCCUCGUCUCCCCUCGUCUCCCCUCGUCUCCCCUCAUCUCCCCUCGUCUCUCCUCCUCUCCCUGUGCCCUCUGCUUGCCGGGCAGCCAUUGGAUGCAUCAAGCAUUCCUACGCUCGCCACCAUUGCCGCACCUCGUGCUGCUAGCCGUCGCACACCCUGCAGUGCUGCCGCUACUCCCGGCGCUCCCAGCAUCCAUGACUGGCGGCCCUCUGACUGGCAACCACCGUCGCCCAGUCUACAGGCGCCCAUCAACCCCGCGCACUGCCACCGCCUCAACCUGCCACACGUCACCGUGCGGGUGGAGAACAGCACGUGGGUGCACGAGACGAUCAUCGAGGGCGUGCAUGCGUGCCACCCCUGUGCGCUCUCCUGCGCCUUCACACGCGCUCGCCCCCUCGCCACGCACCCCGACGCGCUGCUCUUCGAGGGCGUGCUGCCACCCGCGCCCUCCAAGCCUGGCCACCCCCUGCACGUGUACAUGAACCUCGAGGCGCACCCCUGGGGGGAACCCGCACCGGGGGAUGGCGGGGAGGGGGAGAAGGGAGAGACGGGGAAGGAGGGAAAUGGGGGCGCAGCGGAUGGGGUGGGUGCGAGGGCGGGGGUGGAUGUGUUUGUGGGGUUCAGUGCAAACGCGACGGUGCAGGCAACGUAUGCGGGGCAUCUGUUCCACUGGGACCGCCAGCGCUAUAUUGCCGACAACAAACGCACUGACGUGCCAGUGUUCCACGCGGCGUCCAACUUUGUGGCGUGGAGGGACGCGCUGGUGAAGGCGCUCAUGAAGCACGUGCCCAUGCACUCCUUUGGCGCCUGCCGCUCCACCACCGCGCUCCACGGCACGGAGCUGCAGCUGUACCCGCACUGUGCGCACACGUACGGCGCACAGGAGCGGUGGCAGCACCACACGCACUGCGUGCAGUCGCACUACCUGUUCUCGCUGGCCAUAGAAAACACGCGCGCGCCCGGCUAUGUCACCGAGAAGUUCUUCUACCCGCUGGAAGCCGGCACAGUGCCCAUCUACAUCGGUGCGCCCGACAUAGCAGCGUUCGCCCCGCCCGACUCGUACAUUGACGCGUCGGGGCUGUCACCCGCGGAGCUGGGUGCCAUGGUGAAGCGCAUAGCAGCGGACCCCCUCGAGUACAUGGGCUACCACGCCUGGCGCAGGUGUGGAGUGUAUGGCAACUACUCACGAGCGCGUCAAAUGUCCCUCGACACGCUGCCCUGCCGCCUGUGCGAGCACAUCAGCCUUAUGGGCGGCACCCACCACCACCCACGCCCUUGA